CAGCAGACAUGGGACCGCGGAGUCACCGCAACGCUGACCAGGAGAAGGAAGCCACCUCUCGCCGACGAUGCUGACUGGAGCCUCCGCCUCUCCGCCUCUCCGUUUCCCAUGUCGACCCAGCGAAGGACCGGGAAGAGAGACGAGUUAAAUGACAACUGAAGUUGUAUCCGUGCUUUUUUUGAUACCUGGGGCAAAGUGCCACACCUUCGCUUAGCGCCACAGCUCCUCGACACGGCUGGCCAAAUGGGGUGCCGAUGCUGCAGGAUGAUAAAAAGCUACAUCUACGACCCCUCAGUGGCAGUGGAUGUGAGGAAGACCGACUCUGCGGGCAGCUCGCUAUACCAGCCCCACCAUCUUUCAGGCGGGGUCCCUGUCAGUGACCCGCUCAGCGGCAACAACAAGCAGAAGCAGGGCUUCCACAACCUGGGCUACAGCAAGUCCAACGACAGCACUCUUAAACUAGAGGUGGACAACAACCACGUCAACCACAGGCUGCACUCAGUGCCUUCACCUGCAAACGAGCUGCACUGGCAGGGGAGCACACCGCCUGCGGAGGGGGGUCUCUACAUCAUCCAGCCAGAAGCUGUGGGACCAAGAUGGGUGAUACAGGAAAAAACCCCGAGCCAAGUGCCCGUUUACCCCAAUAUACAGGAGUACGAGAACCAAAGAAGCUACGGCGACCAGGGACACAGAGAGACAAGGAAUGGGUGGGACAGCUCCAUCACCAAGUGCGUGACUGGCAGCGAAAGCCUGUCAGCAGAUGAGAUCGAGAUAGACGAAGGCGUGGGAGGGACGCCGGAGUACCCGUGCGACACGGGGGACGAAGGGAGCGUCCUGUCCGUGGACAUCCACACCAGCACCACCAGCCUGUCCUCAGCCGACACCAGGGACGAGCUUAGACUGCCAAAGACUCCGGACGUUUCCACCGUGGAGAGCGGGAUCUCAGUGACCAAGAGCGAGGACGAGGAGGAGGAGGUGAAGAGCGAGGACGAGGAGGUGCAAAGCGUCACAGACUCGAUGGUGGCGGAGGCUCUUGCUGCCCUCGAAGCUGCCACCGCCGGGGAGGACUGUGAGUGACAGACGUCUGUGCUCUCUCUCACUUAUCACCCAAAACCACUGACUCGGACUUGAAUGCGACUUGACAGUCAGAACCACCGUGAAACUGAAUAACACUGGUUCUGAAUAACACCUCUUGUGUUUGUAAUCAAGGAACGUGGAACAAAUGAAGAAAAACUCUGUUUACAAAUGAAAGAACAGAUUUAUUUUUGAACUUGAAUUCUUGGAUAUUUUUUUAUUGCGGUCACACUGACAGAAGAUAAUGUCUCCCUUGUGAAAGAGGCAAUAUUUCCAAUGCUGCGAGGUUUGCUAAAAGCCACAGAUGAAGAGGCAUCAUUGUGUAGACUGUGAAUAUCACCUGCUGCCAUAUCAGCCUGUUAGUCCACUUGAAUAGUGUAUUUAACACUCCGCAAACGUAAUAAGCCUGUAUAUGCUCAUUCACUGCUUUGCCAUGUCCAUACUGCGCUUGUUAGUAAGACACUACACGUCGCUUUUUAUCCCAUUUUGGAGCAUAGCUAUGCUAAUUGUUAGCCUAUAGAGUGAAUUUUUCCUUUGCUGAUACACAGUCCUUGCCAUAUCUUGCUGUCUCUUCAGGAAUCUCGCCCUCAUUUCACCGAGGCGGCGAAAGAGAAAAGGUCAUCGCAUAUAUUUGUUAUACGCUACCCAUGUUUUUGUUCCUGUUUUAUCUUCUCUUGUUAUUUAUAAUAUCUGCACUCACAUCAUUUUGGAUUUACUGUGAGAAGAAACUUGAUGUUGCAAAAGCGCAGAGCACAAGAGGGUGAGGGAGGAUGCGGAAACGGUCCUUAUUUAUAGCUUAUCCACUUCUGCGUCAGCACUGAUUUCAUCAGAAUGAAACAGAAUUAAUACAAUAUCUAUUUGGAAAUAUAGAAAUUAGUUUACACGCUGUGCUUACAUUAUCAGACACAUGUACAAUCGAGUCUUACAGAUUUUUUUUGUCAAUUAAUAUGUAAUUUCCAUGCACAAUAUUUGUGUCAGACCAUGUCAUGUGGUGGAAUAUCAGAAGAUCUAUGCACGUUCAAAAUCCAGAGCCGGUUACCAAAGGAUAAAAUGGAAACUAGUCACCUGUCCAUUUCACUGAUAUUACUUUUGUCUCUGCAGGUUUUCUACCUUAGCUUAGCUGAGUUUAGCAAGAACAGCUAAGGUCAAAUCACUGUUGAAGAACCCACUGAGGGGCCAUCAAUUCACACUACUAGCUUUGUUUUGUUGUUUUUUUGUUUUCUUUUUCCUACUUUCUGUUUCUAGUUUGGCCUGUGACAUUAGUUCAACUCAGAGCUCACUUAAGUGCCUAAUAAUGAACUAACUGAGGCUAGACUAUGCAGAAAAAACUACAGAUACGUUUUUUUUUUUUUUUAAUGUGUUCAGAGUGUGUUUAAUGCUAAAUAAGCUGUUUGCUCAAUGAAGUCCUGAAUUUGUUUCACUGCGACUCCCCUUUUCAGUCAUUGUUUGCCUGCCAAAUCAUUUCUA